AUGAAGGAACUGAAGUGGGUUAUAUUGCUGGCUUUAUUGCUCCAACAAGAAUGGAUCACAGCUGCACAAAAACAACAAACCACCUCCUCUAAAACAGAAUCAUCUAUAGUACAAUUGUACGAUUCAAAUCGUGAAGAAGCAGCAGCACCACCACCAGAAAGUGCUUUGGGUUCAAUAUAUCGCAAGAGUCGACAAUCGAGAUGUGUGCGAUGCUAUGAGGAUCGUCAAAGCGAUGAUCGCAGUCGUUACUACGGCAGUAGUGGUAGUGGUUACUCUAGUCGGUCAGCGGAUAAUUGGUAUUACCCAUAUGACCGUUAUGACGAUCGUUAUCGUUCAGAAGAUCGUUACCGCCCUGAGGAUCGCUAUCGUCCGGAUUAUGAUCGAUAUUCCGCUUCCUACUCAGCGGGAUCUUCAUAUUAUCGUGACAGAGAUGAUCGGUUAGGUGCACCAACCUACGAUCGCUACGAAGGACGUGGUGGCCAAGAUCGCUACGAUCGGCGCGGUGGUUAUGAACAGGAUCGUUAUAGUGAUUAUUAUCGUGAUCGUUCCUACGAACGUCCGCGUGGUGGCAGCUACGAUCGUGACUACUACGAUCGCUCCUCAUCAUCGCGUUACGAUUAUCGCAACUAUCGUCCUUACGAUGAAACUUACAGAGGACAAUCAGGCUUCGAUAAUUCUGGACGUGGCUAUUAUUUCGCUGCCGAUGAAAGCGAUCGUCGCCGUUAUCCAACCAAAUCCAGCUACGAUGAACGUGGCUCUUCAUCGCCCUGUGGUGUACAAGUUAGGGAUUGUCCCUACGCAUCUGGCGGCGGCGGCUACAGUGAUACAACGCAAGUAUCCUCAGGUCCUAUAAACAGUCAACGUGGGUAUGGUUAUGGUUAUAGUAAUAGUGUGAGAAAUGAUGGUAACGGAAGCGGAAGCGGCGCUGGCGCUGCGACGCGAAACACAAGUGCCAAUAAUAGCAAUAAUAAUACCAGCCAAAACCAAGGGUGGAGUUAUGUAGAUGAUCGUAAUAAGGAGUCGAGCUCGCGGGGUAACGGCAGGGAUGGAAACAGAGGACGUGAACGGGAAGGGGAACGGGAGCGAGAUCGAGAUGGGGAUCGGCAGAGCAAUUCCUACAGUGGCCGACCGCCACGCCCACUAGGCGGCAGCUACCUCUUCGACAGAGACUCGAAUGCGUUAGGUGAUGAAAAGACGACAGACAAUGCAGCAGACAAGGAUAACAACGGCGACAUUAAGGCCAAUGGCGUCAGCAACAUUCCAUCGUCAGCGAAUGCAGGACAAAACAAGGACAUAACCAAUGGUGGCGGUGGUGGUGUUGACGGUAAUGGCUCAAUACAAAUGCAAACAAUUGUCAGGGAUAGACAGUGAGCAGUUCAUCGAAAGUAUUAAGCUUUGAUGGAAGUCAGAAAUUUUCUUAUCAGUUUUUGUAUUAUUUUAUAACAUUUGCA